UUGAUCAUGAACAUGGAAGGCCACGACAAUUUCUCAUUCCUUGGAUUUUUCAUCACAACAUAGUUUAUCACAUCCAUAGUCUCCUUCAAAUCGUAGUUUUAGCUCUGCAAUGGCUAAUGCAAUGCCGAGUCCAGCAAUCCCUCGUUCCACUUCUGAUCCCUUUCUCUCUUUUUCCUCUUCAUCCAAGACUCGCCUUACAUCUUCCAAUCGCUCUACUGGUUCCAGUUCUCGAUCCAACAGGUCCUCCUACUGGCUUGCUUGGAGCAACAUUAACAAGCUUGGAAACUUUAUCAGCAUUGGAAGAAAAAACCCUGAAUUAUCAGAUUCUGACUUGACAGAGGAGAGCCUUGAGGCUCAUAAUAGAAGACAAGAAGCUAUCAUCUUACAGACUCACAGUGUUGUAGCUGCUAAUACUGGUGCUAGUGUUGAUGAUAAGAACGCUAAGUGUAGCCCUUAUUACAAAGGCCUCACUGAUUAUUCACUUAUUAUCAACCGUGAGAAGCAUCAUUUGCCACAGUCUACUAGUCCUGAACGGGAAAGCCAAGCUACUACUAAUGUUUCCAAUUCAAGUUCUCUUUCCUCUUUCGUUUUUAUUAAGAAGCAAGCAUGGACUGCUUGCUUCUCUUCCCUUGUGUCUUCUAAUAAGGACAAGCAAAAUAAUGCUCCUGCUUCUGCUCCGGCUCCUGCCCCUGAUACUGCUUCUGCUCCUCCUCCUCCUCCUCCUCCUCCUCCUCCUGUUCCUUUUCCUGAACCAUCAGUAGAAAGGAUGCCCUUGGAGACCAAGGAGACUGAUAAAAGUGUUUUAUCGGUUAUUCAGGAGGAGAAGCCAUUGAGGGAGAGAGUAUUGUCAUCAGAAUCUAAAUCACCACCACCGUCACCAACGCCACCAUCAUCACCACCAUCCAUAAAGACUGAUGCUGGCACUGCCAAGGUUGAUGAGAGAAAUGACACAGCCACUGCCAAGGUUGAUGAGAGAAAUGACACAGCCAUUGAAAUGUUGGAUGGGAGAAAGCAGUUUACUUGGGCGGAUAAGCAUCGUCCAAAAGCCCUGAAAGAUUUUAUCUGCAAUCGAGCGACUGCAACUAGGGUGCAGGGUAUGAUAAGGGGCGUAGAUUGUAAUCAUUUCAUAUUUGAGGGACCUGCUGGUGUGGGAAAAAGAACCAUGAUCUGGGCUAUGCUUCAAGAAGCAUAUGGACCUGACAGAGUAAAGAUCAAGGAAGUCUCCAAGGCAUUUAACUUGAAGGGGGAAUCAAUUGGCAGUAUAGAAGUAAGAAUUAAGGUAUCUUCUCAACAUGUAGAAGUCAAUCUCUCUGAUUUGAAAGGGUAUGAGAAACAUGUCAUCGUGGAACUUAUCAAAGAAAGGAGUAAAGGGAUGUCCAAGAAAGAUUUGCAGUCCAAAUAUGAUAAUUGCCGAGCAAUCAUUUUAUACAAUGCAGAUAAGCUAUCUGCAGAUGCUGUCCUGUAUAUUAAGUGGCUAUUGGAAAGGAAUAAAGGGUCAAGUAUGUUUUUCUUCUGCUGCUCCGAUGUCUCAAAGCUUCAGCCAAUUAAGGAACUCUGCACCUAUGUUCGUCUUCUCCUGCCUUCAAACGAAGAGAUUGUUGAAGUUUUAGAAUUUAUAGCAGAAAGAGAAGGCAUAAAGUUGCCUCGGAAAUUCGCUGAAAGUAUUGCUAUAAACUCUAAGUAUAAUCUCCGUCAAGCCAUUCGAUCUUUAGAGGCCUCCUGGCAGAGAAGUUAUCCCUUUACAGAAGAUCAAAAAUACUUGACUGGGUGGGAAGAUGACAUUGCAAAUAUUGCUAAGGACAUGGUCGAAGAACAAAGUCCAAAACAGCUAUAUAUCAUUCGAGGCAAGCUUCAAAAUUUAAUAGAGCAUGAUGUAUCACCUGACUUUAUUUUCAAUACCAUGGUUGAAGAACUGAAAUGCAAAUUGGAUAUCUUCCGCCAGCAACAACUUGACAACUUGUACAAGGAUUACAGUUUCAGAGAUAAACUGCCAUUAGAAGAUGAGAAUUCAUCUUUGUUUCCUUCUGCAGAGUUCAUAGCGAAAUUUAUGAGCUUGUACAAGUUACAUAUCACCACUGCCAAAAGCAUGGAACAUGAUAGUGGAUCAUGAGGAAAUUGAUCAACCAUAAACAGCAUCAUGAUCUGUGGUUGCUGCUUUGCAUAUCUAGUUCUGGUAUUGCUUGUAAUAUAGAACUUUAAAAUCAAAAUAAAAACAUAAACUUAGAAACUAAAAUGAUAGAUUACAGAGAAGAUGCCUAAGUUGUCAUCGGAAAGUGGUGUUGUUUGAAUAACUGUUGUGUAUGUCUAUUGUCAAAGCUUUUGAUCAUAAUUUGAUAGCUAAUAAUCGUGGUUAUUAGCUAGUUGAUGGCCAAUUGCUAAUAGCUUAUAAAUGUAAAAUUUUCUAGCGGAUGUAAUUGGUAUAUCAAAUGGAUAUGAAGGUUUUUUUUUUUUUUU